AUGAGUUCAGCGCCUGAAGCUUCGGAAAGAUCUGCUAUGGUUACAUCACCGGACUUCACAGCAUUGGGAGCUCAGUUAAAUGAGGUACUUGGCAAGUUCAAUGAGUUAAGUGCUGAAAUGGCCGCACAAAGGCGUGUAAUUGAUCAGCUGGUCGCUAGCAACAAUGGUGGUGGGGUCCCAAACGACCAAGAACCUAUCGAUAAUCACCUACCUGCACAAGACUAUCAACCACCCCAUACAUCCAAUACCCAAACACCUUUCUUUCCUCCUUGCGCUAACCCACUUGAAAAUACCUUCACCCGACUAAAUUCAGACUUUUCCUAUAUGCAUCCGAAUUAUGUAUUGGUGAACCCAACCAGUAGUCAAAUCCCUCAAACCCAUCCAAAAACCAAUCUGAACAUUCCCCCCAACCCUCAGGGACCCCACCACCAUACUGCAGAGCCUUUUGUACUGGAUACUGGAUCUCAAGGGAAGGCGGCGAUGGAAGAACAACCUACACCCAUUGAUAAAGAUUUGUUAAGAAGGUUGGACCGAUUCGAUGAUUUUAUGAGAAAGAAUCAAGGGUUGAGCAGGCAUGGUGGUUUGGACUACGAUGAAUUAUGUCUUUUCCCAGAUAUUCAGCUACCGAUGGGAUUCAAAACCCCUAAAUUCAGCAAGAAUGAUGGAACUGGAAAUCCUAAGACGCACCUCAAGAUGUUUGCCAACAAGUUAGGUAAACCUGUGGAUGAUGAGAAUUUGCCUAUGCGUCUAUUUCCGGAAAGUUUGGAGGGAGAUGCUCUAGAUUGGUAUUCAAAUUUGAAGUCUGGAGAAGUCAAGACCUGGUUGGAUCUAUCAACUGCUUUUGUGAAACAGUAUGAAUUUAACUGUGAGUUGGCACCAACACGAACCACACUGGAGGGUACGAAAAGAAAGCCGUCAGAAGAUCACAAGACCUACGCAAAACGGUGGAGAAAGUUAGCUGCCAAAGUGGAGCCUCCUAUGACUGAGGAGGAGAUUGUUCGCACUUUCAUCAAGGCUCACGAUCCACCCUAUUUUGAAGAGAUCUUCCGCAUGACUGGAAGUCCAUUUGCUGUUAUCAUUAACAAAUUGGAGGAGUAUGAUGAAUUUGUCAAGGCAGGGAAGAUUGUUAAUGUGUCUGCAUUAAAGUUGCAAUUGGAUGCUCUACAAAAUCAAAACAAUAAUGGGAAAAAGCCCCAGUUUAAGAAAAGAGAAGGUGAUACUGCUUUUAUAUGGGAUCAAGGCCCGUCUUUCAGACCUAGAAACCACCCCACCUAUCCUUUUCCUUACCCGUAUUACACCAAUCCUCAACCAGUCUACCACACCACUACCCAAUUCCAUCAUUCUCGACCAAAUCAUUCGAAUACCUCGCCCUUACCUCCAACUCCACAACCUGUUUUUCAAAAUCACUCUCGUCCCAUUUACCAUUCCAGACCAACCCUGCAAAACAAUAACCCUUCUCAAAAUCCUUUGCAAACCAGUGGAAUUCAAACUCAGAGGCAAUUUCGAACCUUCACCAACUUGGGCCGACCUAUUGAUCAGUUGUAUGAGCAAUUAAAAGCAGCUGGAAAAAUUGGCACUGUUCCUCCCAAAAUCUAUCCCAGAGGUCCUCCUGCCGGUUAUGAUCCGCAUGUAAUCUGUGCUUAUCAUUCUGGAAGUCCAGGUCAUACCACUGGCAAUUGUUGGGCUUUAAAACAUAAAAUUCAGGACAUGAUUGACUCUGGAGACAUCCUUCUCAGAAGAAAGGGAGAGCAGGGACCGAAUGUUAGUAAGAAUCCUCUUCCUGAGCAUGGGAGCACUGUGGGGGUUAUCAUCGCUGAUGAAGAUUUUGUCGACCCCAGUCAGUACAUUGUAGAUGAAACUGAAGUAUUUGGCGUGAUGGAGACUGACCAUGCGGAGAUGAGGAAACUACUGUCUGUUAAAGAGUCCAUAACUAAGGAUAGUACUGAGGAAAAAUUAAAAUCUUUUGUGUUUGAGAAAGAGGAGCCGUUUAUGGUAGAAGGAGGGCCCUCCGAGGUUGACAAUUCUGAGGUUCCUUUUAUUUUGGAUCUUCCUUCUUUUGAAUGGGAUAUAUCAGAGCCUGCCAUUCUCGAAUUUCCAGAGCAAAUGCCUGUCAAUAACUUGCAAGAGGUACCAUGGAACUACGAGGAGCCCAGUCUGUUAAUUGGGGGUAAAGAUUGUUUGAAGGAAGAUAUAUCUACUAUUACUAGAUCUGGGAAAAUUGUGGGAAACUCCGAUAUUGAUGUUCAAUCCAGGGCCAAAGUUAAAUCUCCGACACCCAAGCCUCGUGUGUCUGAAAAUGAAGCUGUAGAUUUUCUGAAAAUGCUGAAAAGAAGCGAGUACAAAAUAGUGGAGCAGUUGGAUAGGAUGCCUGCUCAGAUUUCUUUUCUGAAUCUUCUCUUGACUUCCGAGCUGCACAGAGAAGCAUUGCUCAAAAUUCUGAACGAAGCUCAAGUCCCUAAAGAUAUUCCGGUGGAUAAAUUUUCUAACAUUGUGGGGAAUGUACUUGCUGCUAAUUAUAUUACCUUCUCCGAUGAUGAUCUGACUGCAGAAGGGAUCGGGCAUAACAGAGCUUUGUAUAUAUCGGUCCGUUGCAAUGGAAAGCUGUUGCCGAGGGUUUUAGUGGAUAAUGGGUCAGCGUUGAAUAUCUGUCCAUGGAACACUCUCACCAAGCUUGGAUUUUUUGAUAUUAAACUCCGUCCAUCUGCAACUGUGGUUCGAGGAUUUGAUGGUUCAAGGAGGGAAUCUAUGGGUGAAGCAGAUCUCAUAUUGGAGAUAGGCCCUGCUCAAUUCCAAGUUACUUGCCAAGUCAUGGAUUUCUCCAGUGUUUACAACAUUUUACUUGGAAGACCUUGGAUACAUGCUUCCAAUUCAGUGCCAUCUUCUCUGCAUCAAAUGUUGAGAUUUAUUGUGAAUGAUCAGCUCAUUACUGUAUUUGCUGAGGAUGACUGUACCAUGAUCAUUGAUGCAAAAUUCAAAGGUGAAGACAGAAAAGGGACUCCAAUUUCAUCUCAUCAUGUUGCUGACAUAGUCUCUGUAGGAUGUGCAUCUAGGGAUAAGUCGUUCACUCAAUCAAAUUUGCCAGAGGCCAGUAUUAUGAUGGUUAGGGAGAUGAUCCGAGGCGGAUACGAAAUAGGAAAAGGUCUUGGGAGGGAAUUGCAAGGAAUUUUGGAGCCAAUAGAGAUCCCGACGCAGAAGGAUACAUUUGGACUGGGAUUUCAUCCAACUGCUAAGGAUAGAAAGGAAAUGCAAGCUCGGAAACAAGCCGAAAAGAAGGGUGAAUUAAUUUUUGACCUCAAGGUAGAGAAGACUGCGUGUAGAACAAGAAAAGAGACCAAACAGCUUAGAGAGGAGCACUCGAGUGCUGCAUCUCUGAGACUUGAACCCGAAGUUGAACCAAUAGAUUCGUUUGGUGACAUUUCGAGUGAUUCGGAGCAAAAAGAAAUCCCUAUGGCUAAUGCACGGACAUUAAGGGAGUUGGCUGCUCCUGAUUUAACUCAGCAGCCUUUAUGCAUCACUUUCCAUAGUUUGACUGAUAACACUACAUUUGAAUUAAAAUCUGAUAUAAUUCAUCUUUUACCUUCUUUUCAUAGUUUACCAGGUGAGGAGCCGUAUAAGCAUCUGCAGGAGUUUGAUGUCGUAGACAGGAGUAUCAUUGAUGCUGCGAGUGGAGGGGCACUGGUGAACAAGACCCCUCGAGCAGCGUGGGAGCUAAUUGAAGGAAUGACAGAGAAUUCGCAGCAAUUUGAUACAAGAGAAGAUGUCCCGAUACGCAAGGUGAAUGAGGUAGAAACAUCCUCUAUCCAGCAGCAGUUGACGGAGUUAACCUCGUUUGUUAAGCAACUGGCUGUAGGGAACGCAUCUCAGGCCAAGGUGUGUGGGAUUUGCACUGGUAUAGGUCAUUUAACAGACAUGUGCCCAAUGAUCUAA